AUGGCUCUUGACGCAACAACACCCCACCACGACCAUGACCACGCAGGCCACAGCGUGGACCCGGCUCUCGAGCCCGUCCAUCAACACCAUCACCAGCAUCACCACCACUCCCCGCGCGUCGACGCUCCCGGCCACGAUGACCCCGUCUACACGACCGGCACCACCGAUGCGCCCGCCGUCGUCCCUACCCAGCGUCACUCCCAGGACAACAAGGACAUGCUGUCCACCGAGAAGCACGGCCUCGGCCACACGCCCCCGGACUACAGCGACCACGAGAAGGCCGAGCCCGGCGUCCUAGAUGCUUCGGCCCGCACAAACAGCGAGAGCGGCGUCGCGGUCGUCGGCUGGCGUCGCAAGGCCGGUCCCCUCUACCGAUACCGCCGGCCCUUGAUCCACCUCUUCCUCCUCUGCCUCUUCACCGGCUGGUGGAUCGCUUCUCUUGUCCUGCACCGCGACGACAAGAACUGGGUCGUCCCCUUCCUUGUGUGGCUCUGCAUCUCUCUCCGCCUGGUCUUCUUCCACGUUCCCAGCCGCCACGUCUCCACCCCUAUCAAGUGGGUGUGGCAGCACAGCGCCGUCAAGAUCUAUGAAGCCAUUCCCGCCAAGCUGCGCACUCUUGCUGGUGCCAGCGUCACCGUCGCCGCUAUCCUCGUUGGCGCUUUUGUCUCCGAGGAGGUCGCCGACAACACGCGCGAGAACCGUGCCGUGAGUCUGUUCGGCAUGGUUGUCUUCCUCUUCAUCCUCUGGGUCACCAGCCGUGACCGCAAGGCUAUCAACUGGCGCACUGUCAUCGGCGGCAUGCUGACCCAGUACGUGAUCGGUCUGUUUGUCCUGCGAACCACCGUCGGAUACGACAUCUUCCGUUUCAUCGCCGACCGCGCCGCUGAUCUCCUUGGCUUUGCGCGCGCUGGUGUUGCCUUCCUGACUGACCCUGACACUGCCGCGACCGGAAACUUCUUCUUCGGAGUCAUCCCCGCCAUCAUCUUCUUCAUCUCGCUCGUGCAGGUGCUCUACUACAUCGGCUUCAUCCAGUGGUUCAUCAUCAAGUUCGCCACUUUUGUCUUCUGGGGUCUCGGAGUCUCUGGCGCUGAGGCUGUUGUCGCUGCUGCCACACCUUUCAUCGGCCAGGGUGAAUCUGCCAUGCUUGUGCGACCUUUCGUUCCUCACAUGACCAAGGCCGAGCUUCACCAGAUCAUGACCUGUGGUUUCGCUACCAUCUCUGGAUCUACCCUUGUUGGUUACAUUGGCCUCGGUCUCAACCGUGAGGCUCUCGUCUCCUCUUGUAUCAUGUCCAUCCCCGCUUCUCUGGCCAUUUCCAAGAUGCGCUACCCCGAGACCGAAGAGACCCUCACAGCCGGUCGCGUAGUCAUCCCCGACGACGACGAGCACAAGGCUGAGAACGCCCUGCACGCUUUCGCCAACGGUGCUUGGCUCGGAAUCAAGAUUGCUGGUACCAUCAUCACCUCUCUUCUCUGCAUCAUUGCCCUGGUCGCCUUCAUCAACGGCAUUCUGACCUGGUUCGGACGAUACAUCGAUAUCAACGACCCUACUCUUACUCUCCAGACCAUCCUCGGCUACCUCCUCUACCCUGUCUCCUUCCUGCUCGGUGUCUCGCGCACCAACCCGGAUAAGGGUCACGGCGACAUUCUCGCCGUUGCCAAGCUCAUCGCCGAGAAGGUCAUCACCAACGAGUACAAUGCCUUCACCUCCCUCACCACCUCCGACAAGACCUCCGAGUUCUACGGCCUCACCCCCCGCUCUCAGCUCAUCGCCACCUACGCUCUCUGCGGUUUCGGUAACAUCGGCUCCCUCGGUAUCCAGAUUGGUAUUCUCAGCCAGCUCGCUCCCUCUCGAGGUGGUGACGUUGCCCGUCUUGCCGUCUCUGCUCUUAUCUCUGGUGUCCUGGCCACCCUCACCUCCGCCAGUGUCGCCGGUCUUGUCGUCACCGAUCAGCUCUCCAGUUUCACUACAAGCACAUAA